AUUUCUCUAGGGAUGCACUGGUAAUGUCUUACACAGGUCUCUUGUAGGUUAGAUCAAAAAGAUUCUCUACUGUACAAACAGUUUAUCGCAGUGUCUGAACUCAGUUCCUAAAUUUAAAUUCAGGGCGGAACGUCUUCGCCAAAUCUAGCUGCAACGCAGAACGCAGUUUUCAGAACGAUUGCUGUCCCUAUUCUGUAGAUGCAACAUUUAAAAAAAGAAAAUAAAUUUGUAUCGUGGAAUGCCCUUGUCGGGAGUUUUGGAAAACCUAACGCGCAUGCAUAAGACCAGGAACGAAAAUUACGACAGUUCUGAGUGACCUAAAAGUGACCAGGUCCGCACUUUGCAGAAUGACUCAGCAGGAGCAGGAAACCUUUAUGCAGUGUUUGGAGUGUGCCCUCUCCUGGAUUCAGGCUGUGCAGGAGAGACUGAGGGCCAUUGACAACACAGAGGGGCCCAGAGCAGCUCUACAGACCCGGCUCAGAGAGACAGAGGUGAUUCGCAAUUCAGAGCAUGAGGGAUGGUUGAAGGUGGACAUGGCACUGGUUGCUGCGGAGGUUCUGCUUCAGACCAGUGAUGAGGAGAUAAAGAGCCAAACACAGGCCAGAGUGAAAGAAAUCAAAGCAUUAUGGGAGGAGACAUCUGUUUACAUCACACACUGCCAUAGCCGGAUUGAGUGGUUGUGGCUGCACUGGGCAGAGUACCUGAGGGCUCAGGAGGAGUUUGAGAGGUGGCUAUUGAGGAUGCAGCAGGCCUUAGAUCCCUAUGUGGAGCUGCAGUUGGGGGUCCAGGAGAAGGUGUGGCACCUGGAGCAUUACCGCGUAUUGUUGGACGAUGCCCGUGCCCAGGGGGCCUCACUGGAGCGGCUGCUGGAGGAAGCCUCUGAUCUGCACAGCCGCACCAAGGACCCCAGCGUGGGCCCCAAGGCCCAGGAGAGCCUACGGGAGGCCUAUACCCAAAUCAGAGAUAAGACAGAGGAAAGAGUGUCAUUGCUGCAGAAGAUUGCAGAGGAUCAUCGUGUAUUUGAUGCUUCCAUUCACCAGUUCUGGGCGUGGCUUGAUUCUGUGUCUGUUGAACUGACCUGCUACUGUGACAGACAGGACAUGCCUGAAAGCACACUUCAUCCAUUACAAGCAAAGGACACACCUGAAAAUACACUCAGUUCUCUGCAGGAGCUUUGUGAGACUGUGGACAGAGAAGAGGCAACCCUGCAGCACCUUGAGGGGACAGCGGAGUCCGUGAAAGCCAACACCUCUCCACAGGGGGCAGAUAGGGUUGCCUGGGAGGCAGGACGGCUGAGACAGGCCUGGGAGGGGCUGAGACAGCGGCUUCGUCUGGAGGAGGAGAGAAAGCGUGCCGUCCAGUGUGCACGGGUGGAGCACUCAUCCCUCUGCGAGGAGCUGCAGGCUGAUGUUUCCUGCCUCCUUCUGCGCCUUCAUCACCUAGACCAGGAAUUGGAACCAGAGGGCAGAGAGAGGGCAGAAGAGGAGAAUGAAGUCCUGUGGAGAAAGUACAAGGACAUCCACAUGGCUGUGGCAGCAGAGGAGCCACAUGUGGAGCAGCUUAAAGGCAAGCUUACUGAGCUAUUCCAUAUAUCUCAGGACCCCAUGCCCCUCUCUGACCAGGUGCUGGCUGUGUUGAAGCAGUACCAGGGGUUGAAAGGUCAUGCAUUCACGCUGUUGACACAGAGGGAAACUGCUCUGAGGCAGCUUCUAUUGGACCCACUGCAAGGCUUCAGUAAGUGGAGUCUGCUGGUCACCCAGAUUCUAGAGGCAUCUGGUGAUGUGACUGACUUCUCCCACAUUACCCUACUGGUGCAGAGCAUUAAGAAGCUGUUAAAAGACAGCCAGCAGCUGCAGGAGCGUUUGGAGGAACUGCAGGUGAAGGGAUAUCUCCUGACUGACAUGUUCGGCCCACAGAGUGCAGAGAGCCUUGGGGCAGAGAUAAGCAUCGCAGUGCAGGAGAGGGAAACAAAGCAUGGCCAGCUGCUUCAGAAGAGGACCUAUCUACUGGAUUUACUUUCACGAUCAAAGGAUUUUGGGGAAAGAUACGAGUCUGUCCUGAAAUGGCUGCGCCUCCUAAGAGAACAUUUUAUCUGCACAGAUGAACUUAAACCUGAUGUCCCAGCCAAAAAGGCAUUGACUGGACAAUUCAUGGUAAUUCUGAAGGAUCUAGAGGAGCAUGAGGCUCACCUCACUGCUCUCCAGGCUGUGGUUCCACAAAGCCCUGCCGACCAGCACAAACUGAGCCAUCUUUGCACAGAGUGGAAGGAGCUCCAUAAGGCUAUUAAGGGGAGAGUUCAGGACAGUGAACAUAGCACCGCAGAUCACCAGUACUUUCAGGAGAAGCUGCUGGCUCUGGAGCAUGGGCUGCUGGAGACAAAGUCAAGACUGGAGACGUUCUGCAGCUUGAAGGGAAAGCUUGGUGUAGACAACUGGCAGGCUGAGGCUGAGAGAGUGCUGGGGGAACUCCCUGAGAGGGAAAUGGAACUACACAGAGUGGAGGCUUUGAGUCAGGGAGUGCUCAUCAGGACAUCUGUUGAAGGGAAAGGGAAAAUCUUGGAAGACCUGCAGCGUCUGAAUGACUCUUGGGCUUCUCUGCACACACUUAGUAUGGACCUCCACAGGUUUCUGUAUGGUGAUGGAGUGACAAGCAAUGCCUCUUGUAUAACAGGAAAUGAGGGGGACAGAGUAGGACAGAUUAAAACAAGCAUGGACUUGUGGGUAGGGGAUGGAGAGGAUGUUUUCAGAAAGAGUAGAUCAGAACAGGGUUCUGAGGGUAUGGGUUUAGAGCAGUUUUUAAAAGUUAAAGAGCAGUUAGAGGUUGGGGAUGAGGGGGGAGUUUCUGCUGGAGGUAAAGGUAAAGGUUUGGGGUGGGAUAUCAGAGCUGAAAGGGAGCUGCAUAUUAAGGGUGAAGAGGCACAUGUGGGACAGAGUGCCAGGGGUGAAGGAAGGUUUGGUGCUGAAGAUGAUAAUUUGGGUCUUAGGAAAAGUUUCAGAGAUAAGUUAGGAUUCAGUGCUGGAGAUGAUGCUAAAGCAUUGGGGGGUGGAGAUGAGGCUAUGAGUCUGGGGAAGGGUGUUAAAGCUGACAGAGAUUUGGGGACAGAAGAUGGCAGAAUGAAUAUGGAGAAGGCUGUCAAAGCAGAGGAUAUGGAUUUCGGAAAGGGUGUCAGAGCUGUCACAGUGUUGGGGACUGGAGAUGAGGAUAUGGAUACCGAGAAGGGUGUUAUAGCUGAUAGGCUGUUUGUGACUGGAGAUGAGGGUACAGCUUUGGGGAAGAGUCUUAAAGCUGACAGAGUGUUGGGGACUGGACAUAAGGCUAUAGGUUUGGAAACAGAUGUCAGACAUGUUGGGGGCUUAGGGGCCAGUAAUGAGGGCAUGCAUUUGGGAGAGGAUGUGAGGGCCCAAAGUGAUUUAUUUUCUAAGGGAGAGGGAACACAUGUGGAGCAGGGUGUCUGGGGUCAGUUGGAGUGUUUGUCUGGAGGUGAGUGUGUGAGUUUGGAACAGAGUAUCAAUUCUAAGAGUGGGUUUGGUGCUGAAGUUGGCUGUAUCGGAUUUGGGGACGGUGUCAGGGCUGAAUCUGCGUCAGCAGCUGGAAUUGGCAAUGUGGGUUUGCAGGAGGUUAUAAAAGCUGAGGCAGUUUUGGGGGUUGGAGAUGAGGGGGAACUAGGCGCCAGAAUGGAGUGCAUGGGUUUGGGGUGGGGUUUGAGCACUGAGGAUGGGUUAUGUGCUGGACAUGAGGGGGCACAUGUGAGGCAGAGUAUCAGGUGUGAAGGAAGGGUUGGUGCUUGGAACAAAGGUGUAAACUUGGGGAAGGGUGCCUGGAAUUUAGGGAGGCUUGAUGCUGUAGAUGAUGGUAAAUGUUCAGGUCAGGGUGUAAAACCUGAGGUGAUUAUGGAGGAUUUGUGUGGUAGAAGUGUUAGUAAGAGUUUGGAGCUCAGAUCUGCUGCCAGGUUUGGUGCUGAAGAUGAAGGUAGUGGUUUUGAGAAGGGUGUCAGGACUGAAAGGAUGCUAGGGUUUGGAGAUGAGGGGGUACUACCUGGAAGCAGUGAGGGUAUGGGUUUGGGGAAGGGUGUCAGGACUGAAGGGGUGCUAGGAUUUGGAGAUGAGGGGGUAGUAGGUGCUAGCAGUGAGGAUAUGAGUUUGGGGAAGGAUGUCAGGGCUGAGGUGGGAUUAGGGUCUGGAGAUGAGGUGAGAGUUGGCGCUGAAGAUGAGGGUAUGGUGUGGGAUUUCAGGGCCGGGGAAAGGUUUGAUUGUGGACCUGUUGGGGCACAUGUAGGACAGAGCGUCAGAGCUGAAAGGGUCUCAGGAGCAGGCUGUGAGGGUGUGGGUUUAAGUAAGAGUAUCCAGGCUGAAGAGUUAUGUGUCAGAGGUGGUGAGCAUUUGACUUCAGAGCAGGCUGUCAGAGCUGAAGCUAGCAUUGGUUCAGCAGGACUCAGUGCAGGAAGACACAAUAAACCUGGCAGUGGACUGGACCGGGGAAAGAGGCUUGGUUGGAGUCUGGAUCUGGGUCUGAACACUGUAGAGGUCCAUGCAGAACAGGCUUUGAGGCAGCAAGAUUCCAGUGUCAGUCAGGUCAAUGCUGGGGUUCAGAUGGUGGAUUUGAGAAGUAUAUAUAGUGAGAGUCCCUUCAGAAACCACAGGGAGGGUACUGAACAGCAGAGUGGAGGGACUCGAAUAAUCUACUGGGGACAUUCUGGGAAGGAGCGUGGGAAAGCUGCAGAGUCACUUCUCCAGGAAUCUUCUGGAACCUGUUUAUACCAAUCGAGUCUUCGUACACUGGAAGAGUUUGAGGCCUGGCUUCAGGCACAGGAUGCUAAACUCAGCAGGAUUGUGAGCCAGAAGGGGAAGUUAACAGCCAAAGAACUAAGGCUCAGAGAGAAGGAACUCAGGGAGCUGAGGUCUGGUGUGGGCUGGGGUCAGAGCUUCCUGCUGGGGCUGCUGACCUCCCAGGGUGGGGUAGGGGCAGAGGACCCAUGCUUAGAGGAACUUAGGUACCGCUGGGUGCUUUACAAGUCUAAACUGCAGGAUACAGGGGACCUGAAGACUCACCUGGGGGACCAGGAUGGUACUGUUCUACAAAAAGAACCAUUAAGAAAUGGAAAGAAGAGCUCUGGGCUCCUGCAGCGUGCGUGUUGUGUUGCCCUGCCCCUACAGCUCCUGCUGCUGUCUCUGCUGCUCCUAGCAUUCUUCCUUCCCCUGACAGAUGAGGGCACUAGCUGCUCUCUCGUCAACAACUUUGCCCGCUCCUUCAGACUCAUGCUGCGCUACAAGGGCCCCCCACCCACGUGAGAGAACUUUGUGCAGAGAAAAUACCCUUAAAGGUCACUGUUGUGAAAUCUGAAAUCUCAGAUCAGCCUGAUAAAUUUCUGUAGCUUGGCCAUGAACAUAUUCAGAUGAUUGCAUUGAUCUUGUUUUUAAAGGAUUUAUGAGAUUAAGUAGAGGGGAUAAUCAAAAUAACCUCAAAAAAACAUUCUCACAUUUAAUAAUCUCUGCUACAUACAACCUCAGAAAGAAUAAUGACACUUAUUCUUUAACUAGUUUUGAACAGUAACUUUGCACUAUACUCACAUAUUAGAAAUAUUUUGAAUAUAUAUUAUCAUAACGACAUGCCAACUGAAAAUUUUAUUUUAUACCAUGAUGUUACCAUCACAUACUGUCUUAGGGGUGAACUUGUAAUAUGUAAAAGGUUUUAAUUACGAAUUAUGAAUAUACCCUUCUGAUUAAAAUUUACAUUUGUGAUGCUUGUGUGCAUGUUUGUGGAAACAGAACUGUCUAGCAACUGUCUAUUUUGACAUAUUCCAUGCCA